AUGAGGCUGAACAGACCGGACCCUUCUGCGUCUCCUCAGUCCUUCUCCUGCCGAUUCAGCACCAUGCGCUUCUCCUACCACUUAGCCACGCCCAGAAGUGAGCCCUACCACGUAGCCACACCCACAGGUGAGCCCUACCACUUAGCCACGCCCACAGGUGAGCCCUACCACGUAGCCACACCCACAGGUGAGCCCUACCACGUAGCCACACCCACAGUGCGUCGCCUUGGAAACGCUCGAAGGAGACAGGCUCCGCCCACAGACACCGGCAGCAGCGGCAGCAGAGCCCAGCACCGAGCGCACUCCCCGGGCUUGAGCUCAGCCAGCACCACCGUGCCGCACCUGCGCGCUUUACCGCGUUCACUGCUCUGGAGCCGGGAGAGCCGCUGUCUCCCCGCACCGACGCCUUUCAUGACCGGAUUUGUGCUUUGCUGCGCGAUGUACAUGGACAGAAGCAGCCUGACCAGGGGUCCAUCCUCCUCCAGUCCCAGUGCGUUGAAGCCCGGCCCGCUGGACCCCACUUCCUGUUCCCCGUGUGGACUCCAGGGACCUCUGGAUGCCUCUGACACCGCUGCAUCUUGCUCUGGCCCCGCCUCUAUGGACGAGGGGGCGGGGCAGAUGGACGAAGGAUCGGCAGAGUGUGGUCUGUCAGUGAACGACACUGGGCCUCCCGAGCUGCCAGGGGGCGCUCUAACUCCCUCAGCCAGGAAACGACUGCCACUGGGGCCUAAACCACAGAUUCCUCCGAAGCCUCCUCACCUGCAGCAAGUGUCCACGCCCAGGCUUCGCCCCAGAGCUCCAGAGAAGGCCCUCCCACCAGCGCCAUGCAGGCCUCUGCCCUCUGACCCCCGCAGCCUUAGGCCCCUGCCCCGAGAGGCCACGGCCUCCCCCACCUCCGUGCUGUCGCUCAUCGAGAAGUUUGAACGCGAGCAGCUAAUUAUGGUUCCGGACAUCACCGGCGGUGCCAUGUGUCCCCGCCUCCCUCUCAGUGACAUCUCGUGUCACCCAUGCUCCUCUUCCUCCUCCACCUGCUCCUCUCCCUCUCCUCCUUCAUCUCCAGUGCCACAUUUAGACCCAAACAACAAACUGCCUGAAUCAGAAACAGUACAACAAGAUAUUCAACCGAUCGAACGAGAGCAAAGUGCCAAAAAUUAUGACGAGGAAGAGGACUUAGGUGCCUGUGCCGAUAUAAACAAACGAUUGUCUUUAGAAUCUGGAUACAGCGCCUCGGAAAAACACCUGGAAGACAUUGUGGAGCUGAGGGAUCCACCCCCGCAGGUCAUGGGCCAAUCAGAACUGCUGAACGAGCGCUUAUCCCUCCCCUCCUCACAGACAGAUGGGAAGAUAGCCAAUCGGGACAGUGGCAUCGACAGCAUCAGCUCACCGUCUCACAGCGAGGAGCUCUGUUUUGCUGGCGUGGAUGAAGGCGGCGUGGCUUAUUCCUGUAGCCCCGCCCACAUCAGAGAAGAAGGGGGUGUGGUCAGGAGGAGACGAGAUUUAUCUGAAGAGGGGGACAGUGACCUGGAGGAAGAGGCGGAGCUUACACUUGUGCUGCCCGCACCUCAGGCUGACCGUCAGGAUUCUGUCGAGUUGUCUGUUCAUCAGAGAGUAUUCAACAUCGCCAAUGAACUGCUGCACACCGAGAUCGCCUAUGUCUCCAAACUCUACCUCCUCGACCAGGUGUUCUGCGCUCGCCUCAUGGAAGAGUCCCGGUCGCGCUCCUCGUUUCCCUGUGAUGUGGUCCAGGGGGUCUUCUCCAACAUCUGCUCUAUCUACUGCUUCCACCAACAGUUCUUGCUGCCCGCACUGCAAAAGCGCAUGGGGGAGUGGGACCAGAAUCCUCGUAUUGGAGACAUCCUGCAGAAACUGGCCCCGUUCUUAAAGAUGUACGGAGAAUAUGUGAAGAACUUUGACCGAGCCAUGGAACUGGUCAACACCUGGAUGGAACGCUCUGCUCCCUUCAAGGCCAUUAUCCAGGACAUACAGAGAGAGGAGCGCUGUGGAAACCUGACCCUUCAGCACCACAUGUUGGAGCCCGUUCAGAGAAUCCCCCGCUAUGAGCUGCUGCUGAAGGACUAUCUGCACCGGCUGCCCCAGGACGCCCCUGACCACAGCGAUGCCCAGAAGUCUCUGGAGCUGAUUGCCACAGCUGCAGAACACUCCAACGCUGCCAUCAAGAAAAUGGAGCGCAUGAGGAAAUUAUUAAAGGUGUACGAAUUACUGGGAGGGGAAGAAGACAUCGUAAAUCCAACAAAUGAACUGAUUAAAGAGGGCCACAUGCUGAAGCUGUCCAACAAGAACGGGACCACACAGGACCGAUACCUCAUCCUGUUCAACGACAGGCUUUUGUACUGCGUCCCAAAACUGCGGCUGAUUGGUCAAAAGUAUGGUGUCCGGGCCAGGAUCGACGUGGAUGGAAUGGAGUUGAAGGAAGCCAGUAGUAUUGCGGUUCCUCGGACAUUUCUCAUUUCAGGGAAACAGAGGUCUUUGGAGCUACAGGCCAGGACAGAGGAGGAGAAAAGGGACUGGAUACAGGCAAUUCAAGCGACAAUCCUAAGAUAUGAACAAACUAUGGAAAACUACAGGCUCACGUGUCCACUUAGGGAUGAGGAGUCCACCCCUCCACAUUCACCUAGCUGUGUGGAGCUGGGUAAGCGUGCCCCCACUCCCAUCAGAGAGAAGGAGGUGACUCUGUGCAUGAAGUGUCAGGAACCCUUCAACUCCAUCACCAAGAGACGCCACCACUGCAAAGCAUGUGGACAUGUGGUGUGUGGGAAAUGCUCAGAGUUCAGAGCACGUCUCUCUUACGACAACAACAGAACCAACCGUGUGUGUGUGGACUGUUACUGCACUUUGGUGGGGGUUUGUCCGACCGCUGCGGUGAGCAGUAGCUCCAGCAGGAGGCGCUCUAUAUUGGAGAAGCAGGCGUCUUUAGCUGCUGAGAACAGUGUGAUGUGCAGCUUCCUCCAUCUGAUGGAGAAGGGCUCCGGCCGCGGCUGGCAGAAGGCCUGGUUUGUCAUUCCAGAGAACGAGCCGAUGGUACUCUACGUCUACGGAGCGCCACAGGACGUGAAGGCCCAGCGCAGCAUCCCGCUCAUAGGCUUUGAGGUUUCUCUCCCGGAGGCGAGCGACCGUCUGGACCGCCGCUUCUCCUUCAAGAUCUCGCAGAGCCACCUCACCCUGUACUUCAGCGCGGACGGAGACGAGCUCCAGCGCCGGUGGAUGGACGCCCUGUCCCGCGCCGGUCGAGGGGAGGAGCUACAGGUGCACCAGUCGAUCACAGAGAGCCUGGAGGAGGAGGGGGAGGAGCCAGCCCCACUCAUAGACAACACGUGA